AUGGCGCAAGUCUUCCCGCGCUACGGGCUUCGAUCUCGACAGCAGCAACAGCCACAGGAGCGGCAACGCCAGGAAGGCAUUGAGCUACGAUUCUCCUUCUCACACCCCGCAGAUGAAGAGGAUCCCACUCCAGAGGUGGGUUUACGUCGAAACGUCUUCCGAGAGGCGCAAGAGGCUCGUACCAGUAUUGAGGAUCCUGAAGUCGUGAACCGAAGCUUCUCCAACUUGUCCGUUAAUCAAGAUGCGGUUACAAAGGUCUCUCCAUAUCGAGCGCGCUCCGUCACGCCUACCAAUGGCCCUCGCCCUCGUGUUCCAUAUGAAUCCAAGGCAAAGGCAACUGCAGUCUGGGCUCACCAGACCUCUCAACAGAGGCGCUCGCGAUCUCCGCAAUCUGAACCCGUCGCUACGAUCCGUAUGCCCACCAUUCCCGAGCUCAGCAAGCCCAAGCGCGGAGGCUACGGCUUCAGCUACUCCGACAGCAACUUCUACGAUUCUGACGAGUACCCGGAUACAGAGGUUGGCUCUGAGACCAAUUUCACUCCCGAAGAGAAUUCCGCAUCAACACCCGAUCCAACAUUCCCGAAUCCCUCCUUCGAAGAGGCAACAGUUAAGAACUCCUCCUUCGGAGAAGAUCUCGUCGUCGUUCGAGAAGUUGGCUCGUUCCAUUAUGCGCGCCCCCAGCGCCGUCUUCCUUGCACUACCGCUACGUGUGAAGAUACGCUUCGUCUUAAGGUGGCUGCUAAGAACCUGCUCAAGUACAAGGAAUCACAGGACGUGUAUGGUGCGCUUGUUGGCCGGGUCGAGCGUAUGGUGCAGAACACUCUCAAAGACAAUGGCGGUGACACUUCAGCAGCAAUGCUCCUUUGCGCUUCCAAGCUUCUGAACUUCCUCCAGAGGAUGGCCGUGGAGCGUCUCGAGCAUGGAGAACCUGCGACCCUAGUGACCCAUGAGAUCCACUGGGCCAAGUGGCUGGUGGAGGCUAGCCACACUGGCGUCAUGCAUCUUAAAGGCGUGGGAUGUGAGUGCCAGCCGGAUUGGGAGGAGUAG